CAGGUGCAGCGGCGUGGAGCGCGAUGCCGGGGCUGGCCCUGCAGGCCCUGCUGCUGGCGGUGCAGGCCGUGGUGCCGGCCCUGGUGCUGGCGCUGGUGCUGGGCCCCGCCCUGCCUCGCGCCGCCGUCAUCGACCAGGUCGUCUGCCCGGCCGAGUGCUUCUGCCUCUCCAAGAGCGAGGUGCUGUGCAACACGGGCGGGCUGAGCAAAAUCCCGCUGGAGGAGCUGCCCGCCUCGGUGCAGCACCUCAGCCUGCACCGCAACAGCUUCUCGCACAUCAAGACGGAGGCGUUCGCCGGGCUGCGGAUGCUGAGCAACCUCUCGCUCGACCACAACAACAUCACCACCAUCAAGCCGUUCGCCUUCCGCGGCCUGCCCCGCCUGCGCGAGCUGUCCAUCCAGCACACGCCGCUGGCCGUCAUCUCGAGCUUCUCGUUCGCCGGGCUGCAGGGUGUCGAGGUGAUCAAGCUGUGCCACAACCGCAUCCACCGCGUCGCGGCCGAGGCCUUCGCCGGCACCAGCAACAUCAAGUGGCUCGUGCUCGACAAGAACCCGCUCAAGGUGGUGCAGGCCAAGGCCUUCUCCGGGCUGACCGUCGUCAAGCACUUCAUCCUGCCCUCCGGGCUGGGCACCAUCGAGCCGGACGCGUUCAACGGCAUGGACCACGUCGGCUUGUUCCGCCUCGCCUACAUGGACCUCGUGUCGCUGGACGCGCACACGUUCCGCGGCCUGCGCCACGUGCACCUGCUGCUCGUGCAGGACUCGGACCUGGGCGUCGUGCGCGCGCGCGUCUUCGAGGGGCUCGCGCACGUCCUCGACAUCGCCAUCAAGAACAACAAGAUCGACGCGCUCGAGGAGUUCCACCUGCUGCACGCCAACCAGGUCAAAAAUCUGAGGUUCGAAGGAAACCACCUGCUGCAGAACCCGGCCCCGGGCAGCGUGGUCAUCCAGAUUGGCGGCAACCUGAGCGUGUCCAAGAACCACUUCCCGUGCGACUGCCGCCUGCACGGCGUGCUGGCCGGGCCCCUCGCCAGGCAGUCCUCGCUCGACUUCCGGGCGCACAACUUCUGCAUCAAGCCGCUGCACGCCAACGGCCAGACCAUGAGCGCCAUGGACGCCGUGGACGCCGCCGCCCUGGCGCGCUGCCCGGAGGCGGCCCUCGUCAGGAGCAGCACGGAGGCGACUCACGGGGGUGGGGGCGGCGCCGGGGGCGGGGCCAGGGGCGCUAAGGGCGCCGUCGGCGGCGGCGCGGGAGGGGUCACUGGAAAGGCACCGGCGGCCUCGUCCGGGCGGCCUGGUGCGCUCACCACCGCCUCCGUAUUCGGCGUCGUCCUGGCCUGCUGCGCCGUCCUGGUGAGGUGAUCGGUGGCGCCCCGCCAGUGGUCCUGGUCCGGGCAGCACUGCUGGCAGAGUCACAUGCGCGUGACUGGCGGCAAACAUUCGAACUGACGAUCGUAUUCCCCACUCUCGUGCGGAACGAUUACAGGAAGGACACUCCUGAGUCGCGUUCCAGUCCAGCAGGAGGGCGGAAGUGCGACGACUCUUUGUGGGCGAGUUACCGAUGCACGAGCAGUAGUAGUAUCUACUUCUUUUGUCCUUCUAGAGGAAUCACACCUCCCAGAGAAACUCGUGUCCCUUUUGUACACGAUCUAACCCAAGGAGAACGUUCAGGUCACCAAAACAUUGUCCGUCAACAUUUAGUCAUUUAUGUACUGACAUUUCGUGAAUGCGUCAAAGUCCACUACUUGCCCUACUUAUGCCUUUGUGUUCUCCUUGGAAAUGUCUCACGUUCCUCAACUACUUCUUCUGUACAAGUUUUGAUUAAGAAGAACUGUUUCACGACUUUUAAAAAGUCUUUUAUGAAGAUGAAUUUGGAAUGAAUCAUGGUACGACCCUGCACAGUAAAACAUUUUGUGUUUGUAGAUAAAUUGAAUAUUUUAGAUUUACAAUAUGAAUAUCACUCUCCCGUAAAGCCGUAGUUUACAUAUUGAUAUAACCUCGUGAUGUUCACCGUUCACAUCAUGCAAGUCCAUUGUGUAUACGUGCACAAAACAUAGUCAAAAGUGAUGUAAUUAAUCUAUAAAUCCACUCGCUAAAACAAAGUAUACUCAAUACUAAAGAAUAACGGGUGUGUGUGAUAUAUAUUUGACACGUUUUGUCCCCCUAGUUGUUUUAAAUAAAUAAAGGUUAUCGUUGAAAUGUU